AUGACAUUGUCCGAAAGAAUCAUCUACAUGGAUCAUUCCGCAACUACCCCUGUUCGUCCGGAGGUGCUGGAAGCCAUGCUGCCACACUUCACGAAUGAUUUCGGCAACCCGUCCAGCAUCUACACAAUCGGUCAGGAAGCUCGAAAAGCAGUGGACGAUGCCCGCGAGAGCAUAGCGCACCUCCUCGGUGCCCGCAUGAGUGAGAUCGUCUUCACCAGCGGGGGCACCGAGUCCGACAACGCGGCUCUCAAAGGCGUAGCUUUCGCCCUCCGCAACCUAGGCAACCACAUCAUCACCACCGCGAUAGAGCACCACGCUGUCCUUCACACCUGCUACCAACUUGAACAGUUCGGCUUCGAUGUAACCUAUAUCCCCGUUGAUGAGCAUGGCAUCGUUGACCCCGCCGACAUCGUCAGCGCCAUCACCGACGAGACCAUCUUGGUCAGUGUAAUGAUGGCGAACAAUGAAAUCGGUACUAUUGAACCCAUCAGCGAAAUUACGCGCUUAGUAAAGGCAGAGGCAAAGCGACGCAACCAGACCAUAAUCGUGCACACGGACGCUGUGCAGGCUGCAGGCUUUCUCGAAAUCAAUGUGCGUUCGCUCGGCGUUGACCUGUUGAGUCUGUCCGCCCACAAGAUAUACGGACCCAAAGGCGUAGGCUUGCUCUUUGUCAAGCGCGGCACACCCUUCGAGGAGCAAAACGCGGGCGGGGGACAAGAACGUCAGCGCAGAUCGGGCACCGAGAAUGUCCCGGGCAUCGUUGGCUUCGGCGAGGCAUUGCAUCUGGCCGUGACAGAGCGCGAAGAGAACUCGGCACAUUGCCUCCGUUUGCGCGAAAAGCUCACACAAGGCAUCUUUGAGACGAUUGAGGGCGUGCGACUCAACGGUCACUCGCUUCAUCGUCUCCCUAACAAUGUCAACAUUUCAUUUGAAGGAGUGGAGGGCGAACCCGUCUUGCUGGGUCUGGAUUUCGCAGGGAUCUGCGCCUCAAGCGGCAGCGCAUGCUCGUCCGCGUCCUUGGAGCCGUCCCAUGUGCUGCUUGCCAUCGGACUCUCCGCAGACAUGGCGCAAGGCAGCCUCCGAAUCACGCUUGGCAGGGAAAAUACUGACGAAGAUGUAGAUUAUCUGCUCUCCGUACUGCCCGAAAUGAUCGGCAAGCUGAGGGCAAUGCCUUCACUGUCCACGGCAAGAUAA